AUCACGUGGAAUACAUAAUUUUCGAAUGUACAAAUAACCAGUACUAAAAAUAUUGUUAAAAUUAAAUUUACUAAGAAAAAGGUGUGGUUAGGAGAAAAAAAUAGUGAAAAAAGUAAGUCCCUAGGAAAAUAAUAGGAGUAUAUAUGGGGUGGGCUGAUGGUCGGGUUUCAAAUUUAACAAUUACUUAAUGCACCUCAUUUUUGCUCGAUUCAUCCCAUAAUUUGUAAAGUUCCUAUCUUACCCUUCUUCUUCCAAGCUUUGUCUCUCCCUCGCCCCCUUCUCCGACUGCUACGACGUCGGCUUCCACGGCCAGAUUCCUCUCUCCCUCGUUCGACGCGUGCACCUAUAUUCAGUCCUUCGACGUCUUCAGCAACCUCUUCUGUGGCGCAUUGUCGAUGGACGUUCUCACGCAAAUGACCAUCCUCAAGGAACUCGAGGUGGCCUUCAACGGCUUCCUCGGCUCUCUCCACUUUGGAGUCGCUGGAUCUAAGCUUCAACAACUUCAUCGGCUCAAAUCCCUGCAACGUUGUGUACUGGUGAUGCUGGGAAUAAUAUGAAGGCUUGGAAGGUUCGAGAAGCUUCAAGAGGAAGGGUUGGUGGAGGGAGGGGGAUAAAGUUCGGGAAGGUUGUUGAAUUCGGGGUGUUUGCGAGGAAGAAGGUUCGGUUCGGGUAGGGGAAUGUGCACCGCGCUAGAGAGAAAUGGAAUGGGAGGUUGUGCUGCGAUAGGCGUGGAGGUGUUUAUGGCUUGCAGUGGUUCCAACGUGAAUGCUGGUGGUCGCCGCGGCUGAUGGAAGUGGUGGGAGAGAGAAAGAAGAUAAUAUUAUGGGAUGCACCAAACAAAUACUUUCUCUCCAUUCCCGAAUUCGCCGUCAACCCUCUCUCUCUCUACAUAUAUAUAAAUUCUUUCACGAUUCAAUUCAAUUCAAUUGAGGUGUUAACAUUAAUAAUAUUGCAGAGCUUGUUGAGGAUGCUGGAUGGGUUGAACUUCAAGGAAUUUGUUGCCUUCUUGUCCGCCUUCAGUCCCCUGCCACUUUCCACCACAAAAUUGAGUCUAAGCAAUCAUUUUCAAGGUCUAUGAUUCCGAUUGCAAUGGAAAAGUAACCUUCCAUGACAUGCUGAGGGCUUUAAGGGAUUUGAGUGGACCCUUCAUGUCUGAUCAACAGAGAGAGGAAGUUCUGACACAGGUCCUUGAGGAAGCUGGCUAUGCAAAGGAUUGUUCAUUAGUCUUGUCUGACUUCAUGAAGAUUCUUGGCAAUUCGGGUUUGAAGAUGGAAGUAGAGGUUCCGGUGGAUUAGAGUGAGGAUAAUACAAUUCCCUUUUUGAGUUUUCUUUUUUUCUUUUUUCGAGGAGAACUUUCCCUUUCAGUUCGAUAACGGAGAUUCUUGGUUCUGGAAUAAGUGAUUGCUUGGACAUUUAGAAAGCGGCAUGGCUGAAAGUGAUAUAAGAGCCAUGAAGGAGACACUCCGCGCCCAACAGCAACUUCUGCAGAAGCUAUAUGCGGAGUUGGAUGAGGAAAGGGAAGCCUCAGCAACUGCAGCCAGUGAAGCCAUGGACAUGAUAGUGCGGUUGCAAGGAGAGAAGGCCGCGGUGAAGAUGGAGGCGAGUCACUACAAGAGAAUGGCAGAGGAGAAGAUAGGUCAUGCUGAGGCCACUCUUGAAGUUUUUGAAGAGCUUAUGUAUCAGAAGGAAAUGGAAAUUACUUCUCUUGAGUAUCAAGUCCUGGCUUAUAAAAACAAACUUCUCACGUUGGGGUCUGAUUUCAAUGCAAGUGAUUUUGAAUUCGAUGAGGACCUGUUGUUGAGUAGAAAUGAUCAACAACAAAAUGGAGAAAAUGUUCAAGCUUGUAGCACGGUAAGAAGGCUAAGUUCACUUCCCCCUAUUCCGUUAAAGAACAACUUGAGAUCUGCUAGGAAGAGAGAUAGAUCACCUAGUCCUGUUCCGGUUCCAGAUAUGGUUCAUAACAUAAUGGAGAGUGAUACUGAUCAAGAAGUUACUUCUCCAAGCUUGGAUUUACCGAGAAAAUCGGUAGACUAUGGACAUGGAACUCUUGAUGCAUACUGGAACCAGAUCCAGACGUUAGAUGAAAAAGUGAAAGUGAUUUCAGAUUGUAAAGAAUCAGGAGGAGAAAAACGCACCACAUUGAGGAGUAGAAGAGGGAGAUCAUGUUCAGUGUUUUCACAAGCAAGCACCAAGAUAACCUGUGACCUAACUGAUAGAGUAGGCCCUACUUGUUCAGAUAAAGUAAAUCACAGUGAAGGUACAUACGAUGGAGAAGCAGUUGCUAUUCCCUCAUGCUCCGGUAAUGUCCAUGAUGUGUUUGAAGUCCCACAAACGAGUGAAAAGCAUAAAGCAAGUGGAAAUGGGAAAAGAAGACUUGAGAGAUGGAGUUCAGAUGCAGAUAACAGAUUGACAAAACCAGACUCGGUGUCUGAGGAAGUCAUUGAAUCGCAUGUUAAACAUGACAUGGACAAGCUAAAGAGCAUGAUGAUUAGUGGAAACCAUGAAAUCAAAAUACCUAGUCCCAAAGAUAUGAAGACCAUUGUUUGGCAGAGAAAAGAAGGGAUGGAUGGGGAUUGCAAUGCUCAUGCUGAGUUUCAAAAGUUGCAUCAGAGAAUUGAUCAGCUUGAGAGGGAGACAAUCAAUGCAAGGAAAGAGAUUAUGCAUGAAGUGAAUGGGAAAGAGCAUGUGAGGUUGUUGAAGGACAUAUGCAGCCAACUCAAGUUAAUGGAGUCAGAGAUGAGAAGUUGGAAAACCCAAAAAGCACCACCUAAGAGUAGUAAGAGGGAUAAUUGUUUGGAUCCUCUUCAAGAGGCAAUGGUGUACUUCUGGAUUUGAUCUAGUGAAUACGGAAAGACCAUCUCAGACAGCCAAUUAACUCGGUGCAUCAUUAGGUGUCCGCAAAGAGGAUUAUGUGUGGUAUUAGUAUAAGCAGGUAGAAUAGAUCUUCUAAACCGAAUUUUAGUCACUGAGGAAUGUAUACCUUUUUCAUAAUUCCAUAUUUUAUAAUGGGCACAAGUAUGAGGGUGACUUCAAAUUCUUGUGUGGCUAAGUAUAGUGUCUUGUGUUUUUUCCCCAAAGAAUAUACACGACUUAGCAAAAUUAUCUGUUUGUGUCCUGACUCCUGAGCUAGCUAGUUCUUGCUUUUAAUUUUAAAAUGGAACCUUAAUGUUUAUUAUCUUAACUUGAUAAAGAUG